UCUAGGGCAGACAGAGGCAGUGGAAAGGGCAAAAGUAUAAAACAAGAAAACAGUAAGUUCUGAAUAGUUUCUUGACUUUGCCUUCAUGCCUCGGGUACUCAAUUGAUCAUGCCUUCUCUGACAAGUAAAAAAAAAAAAAAAAAAAAAAACGGAAGACAAUUCUUAAAAUUCUCUGCUCAGCCUUGUUGCUUUCAAAUGCAAAUAUCUCACCAUGAGAUAGAUUGGCUUCAGCCCCACCCCCUGUAAGCACUUUUUCUGAUUUUUUUUUCCCUGAAGGACUCCAUCUGUGUAGAUGCUGUCAAGGGGGAUGGUUUCAUUUUGGGUCCCCGUUAUUCUCUAGGAGGUACAAAAUCUGUCUGUGCCUCCUUUUCACUGUCUCAAAUGAAAUGGCAUUACAAGGAAGUCACUGAGCAUGUUCACAGAAUAGUCCAUGCUCAAGAGACCCUCAGUUCACUGUGCAGUGUGUAAGCCUGACUGGUCUGUCCUACGCAAAUUCAACUUCAUUCCGAUGCUAGCUGCUGUACUGACACUUGUUUAGAUAACUGUAUGAAUUUCUGGUGAUUGUAUUUAAUGGAUUAAUACAACAGUUCAUUGUAUCCAAGAGAAAAAAAAAACAAAAUAAGGUAACUACUUCAGCACUUCUCAGCUGAAGUCUGCUCAGCAGCGUUGACCUCAUCUGAUUCAACACUUAACAAAUUAUUAUUCCUGCACUCCUGACCGACAUUCUGCUAGAGGGUAAAGCUGCCAAACCAUCUGGAACUGUUCCUGCACUCUUGGGAAAGGAAAAAAAAUGAGGCUGGGUGAUGUUGAGUUCUGCCACUUACUUCAGAUCAUAAGUGUCUCAUUGUGUCUUUCCGGAAUGAGUCAAUCUGAAACUUCAAGGUCAGCAGAAGAGUCAGAAUUACAAAUGGGAAAAUCAAGAAUGAAACGCAGCUGGGUAUGGAAUCUAUUCUUUGUGUUGGAGGAAUACACAGGGAGUGAUCCACUUUAUGUUGGAAAGCUGCACUCUGAUGUCGACAAAGGAGAUGGCUCUAUCAAAUACAUCUUGUCAGGAGAAGGUGCAGGUUCCAUUUUUAUUAUUGAUGAGAACACCGGGGACAUUCAUGCCACAAAGAGACUGGAUCGAGAAGAACAGGCUUACUACACUCUCCGAGCACAAGCCCUGGACAGGAUUACAAACAAACCUGUGGAACCAGAGUCAGAGUUUAAUGUUAAAGUUCAGGAUAUCAAUGACAAUGAACCCAAGUUUCUGGAUGGGCCUUAUAUUGCUUCGGUUCCCGAAAUGGCACCAGUUGGGACUUCUGUACUGCAGGUGGUGGCUACAGAUGCAGAUGAUCCAACUUAUGGAAACAGUGCCAGGGUGACAUAUAGCAUUUUACAAGGACAGCCAUAUUUUUCUGUGGAGCCAAAGACAGGUAUUAUAAGAACAGCAUUGCCUAAUAUGGACAGAGAAGCAAAGGAUCGUUAUUUGCUGGUAAUUCAAGCUAAGGACAUGGUCGGACAAAUGGGUGGAUUGUCUGGAACAACAACUGUGACGGUGUCGCUUACUGAUGUCAACGAUAACCCACCCCGCUUCCCACGAAGGUCAUAUCAGUACAAUGUGCCCGAGUCUUUGCCUGUAGCCUCAGCUGUUGCUAGGAUAAAAGCUCUAGAUGCGGAUGCAGGAUCUAAUGCAGAAAUGGAAUACAAGAUUGUGGAUGGAGAUGGCAUUGGAAUCUUUAAGGUUUCAGUAGAUAAAGACACACAAGAUGGAAUCUUAACUGUCUUGAAGGAACUUGAUUUUGAAACAAGGACUAACUAUAACUUGAGGAUUGAAGCAGCAAAUAAACACAUAGAUCCACGCUUCGAAAGCCAGGGACCAUUUAGUGAUACAACAACCCUGAAGAUCAUUGUAGAGGAUGUUGAUGAGCCUCCAAUAUUUACAUCAUCCACAUACUCAAUGAUGGCCUCUGAGGCAGCACAAGUAGGCACCACCAUUGGAACAGUGUCAGCACAUGAUCCAGAUGUAGCCAACAAUCCAGUGAGGUACUCAAUAGAUCGUAAUACAGACCUGGAGAGGUACUUCAAUAUUGAUGCUAACACGGGAGUUAUUACAACGGCUAAAGCACUGGACAGGGAGACUAAUGCUGUUCAUAACAUUACCGUACUCGCAAUGGAGAGUCAAAAUCCUACACAAGUGGGGAGAAGCUUUGUUGCUAUCACUAUACUUGACGUCAAUGACAAUGCCCCAGAGUUUGCAACAGAUUAUGAUACUGUUGUUUGUGAAAACGUACAGCCUGGGCAGGCAAUUCAGACAAUAAGUGCAAUUGACAAAGAUGAGCCUCCUAAUGGAUAUCGUUUUUACUUCACCCUUCUACCCGAAGCUGCAAACAAUUCGAAUUUCACACUUAGAGAUAACAAAGAUAACACAGCUACAGUGCUCACUAGAAGAAAUGGCUUUCGCAGACAAGAUCAGCCUAUUUUCUACCUGCCAAUAUUAAUCAUUGACAAUGGUUCUCCAUCACUCAGCAGUACAAACACACUUACAAUCCGAAUAUGUGAAUGUGAUGCAGAUGGCAUUGCCCAGUCCUGCAAUCUGGAGGCAUACAUUUUACCUGCAGGCCUUAGCACUGGUGCACUGAUUGCUAUAUUGGCAUGUUUCUUAACUUUAUUAGUGCUCAUCCUGUUGAUAGUGACGAUGAGAAGAAGGAAAAAGGAAACAUUGAUUUUUGAUGAAGACAGAGACAUCCGAGAAAACAUAGUUAGAUAUGAUGAUGAAGGGGGAGGAGAAGAAGAUACGGAGGCUUUUGACAUGGCCGCUUUAAGGAAUCUCAAUGUUAUGCGAGACACCAAAGCUCGAAGGGACGUGACUCCUGAAAUACAAUUCUUUUCACGUUCGACAUAUAAAAGCCUUCCAGAUAAUGUCAUUUUUAGGGAAUUUAUAUGGGAAAGAUUGAAAGAUGCUGAUAUAGAUCCAUGUGCACCUCCAUAUGACUCCCUACAAACAUAUGCAUUCGAAGGAACUGGUUCUGUAGCUGAGUCUCUGAGCUCUUUGGAUUCAGUCAGCUCAAACUCUGACCAGAACUAUGAUUACCUCAGUGAUUGGGGUCCUCGGUUUAAAAAGCUGGCUGACAUGUAUGGCACUGCUAAUGACCACCUCUUUUCAUAGCUUUGGGAACUUCUUAAUCAAUGCACUGAAACCAACAGAGAGUACUCAGCAAUGACUACAAGGAACUGUAUAUUAUUAACUGUUUUAAAUCUUUUGGGUACUGCUGGCCUAGAAAAAAAGCCACAUCCUUUAGAUUUUUCCAGAGACUGCACUACUACCAGAAUCUGAGAUUCUGUUGGUAUUUUUCAUACCAUGCGGUUAACUGCUUUUCAAUGGAUAAAUUUUAGACCAUCUUUUUAUCUGCAAACGUGACUCUGCUCAGAGAGUCAGCAGGACACUGUGACUUGAAUAAACUGACUACACUGGUGAUGCCUUUCUGGGAUUAUAAACAUAAAACAAAUAUGUCUCUACUAUUCUUAACAUUGUAAAAACAACAUUACACUCUUACAUCAUUAUUUUCCUCUGGAUAAUGAAAGAAAUACAGAGACUAUUUUGGUAGAGAACAUAUUAAUUUUAUACUGAAUAUGUCACUUCUUAAAAGCCAACUAGCUUCAUAUAUCUGAUGUUAUUUUUUUUUGUAAAGGGGUUACAGGAUAUUUGCAUAGAUUUUACAAUAUUGCUAAUACCUGUAAAUCAACACAUUUCAUUUACUUUAAUUUAAUUUUUUUUGUCAUGAUGUUUUGAUUUUUGGAAUAAAAGUUAUAUAAAAUAGA